GAAAGAGAGAAGGGAAUAAAAGAAGGCAAAGAAAGUACGAUAGAGAGAACAAGAGGAAGCGACAAUUACAUAAACAAAGAGGGUUGGAUUGUGAUUGUUUUGGUUUGAAAGGGGGCAGACCAGAGAGGCCCUAGGAUUUGGAGACAACGACGGAUGGAGCCUAACAGCGGCGAUCCGGCCUCGAGUAACAACGAUGCUUCGGGUGGAGGUGGUGGUGAUGGUGAUGGCGGCGGUGGAGGUAGUGGUGGGUCCUCUUCUUCCUCUUCAGGGUCGUUGAAGAAAGGACCAUGGACGGCUGCGGAAGACGCGAUUCUGAUGGAGUAUGUGAAGACGCAUGGAGAGGGUAACUGGAACGCUGUUCAGAAGAACGCCGGCCUCUCUCGUUGCGGUAAGAGUUGCCGUCUUCGUUGGGCUAAUCAUCUCAGGCCUAAUCUUAAGAAAGGCACUUUCUCACCCGAGGAAGAACGUCUCAUUCUCGAGCUCCAUUCUAAGCUCGGCAACAAAUGGGCUCGCAUGGCCGCUCAGUUACCUGGGCGGACAGAUAACGAGAUCAAGAACUACUGGAACACCAGAGUCAAGCGACGCCAACGCGCCGGGUUGCCGCUCUAUCCACAAGAUAUACAGAAGCAAGCAUCUGCAUUCCACCUCAACCAGAAUAACCAAACCGGUUCUUCUCCAUCUCUGCCAGCCGCUCAGCAUCUCUCAACGCCGCAACAACACCAAAAGCCCAAUUUCUGUUCUCCUCUUUCCUUGAUCGAUCCAGUAAAUUUUCCUGUGACGACCACUCCUCUCCUAGCCCACCACCCUGCCCCUUUUCUUCCUACUCCAUACAGAUUCAAGGCGUUUCGGGACAACAACAGCGAAGGAUUCUCUCUCCCCUUCUCCGCAACUUCUCCUCAAUCAAAUCCUCCUUCCCCUCUGUUUGGCCAGAGUCCUCAAUUUCCCCUAUCGCCAUCGCUUCAACUUAAUUCCAGCAAUUUCGACUUCAAUCCUCCACCACCGAUCCUUGGAACCCUAUUUGAGACCGACAGUGGUUCCCCUUUCUCCAUGAAAUUGGAGCUCCCUUCAAGCCAACAGCCCCAGCCAGCAGACACAGCUACUGCUGCCUCGGGCACCACCGCCAAUGAGUAUAAGAUCACCUCGCCGCUGGGCCGGAGCAAUAGUGGAUUAUUGGAUGCUCUGUUGGGUGAAUCCCACGCUAUUAUGGGCGGCGACGAUUCGAGGAGAGGUGGUUUGUUAGAAGAGAAACAUGGAUUACAUGGAUUGGUCAGUGUCAGUGAUGCACCGCCUUCUGGGUUAGUUUUCUGUGAGAGCGCCACCCCCCGUCCUUUAGCUUUUGCCAGUCGAUGGGAUGAUUCCAGCUCCGCCCAUUCCUCCGCUGGGGUGAAGAUAAAGAAAGAGGGAAUAUAUGAGAUCAAUUCAAUUGAAGAAGACUUAAGGAGUCUGUUUGAUAUAAUCCCUUCUACGAUGUCGGUGUCUCAGUGGUAUAGUGAUAGCGGUGAGAUUUCAAAUGGGCAGUCAUCAGGUGUGACUGAUGAUGAAAUCGGGCUUGAAAUGCAGCAGUUAGCUUCAUCCAUGUCUGUUCCCAACACUACUGAUCCUGACUGGACGAGCUGGACUAACAUGCCUGAAAUUUGCUAAGCUUUUGUUUGAUUUAAGACAAGAACAGGAAGAUUAGAGCUUAUAGGUUUAUAUAGAUGACAGAUUGAUGGUCUUCUUUCUGUGAGUUUAAUUCUACUGAAGAUUGGUUUGGGGUUUAUCUUAUUUUCUUUUUCCUUCUGAUUUUUCCCUUUUUCAAACUUUGAUUGUGGUUUGUUUUAUACAUAUGA